AUGCGGAAGCGGCUCAAGGAGAAGGCAAGGAAGGGGCGUCGCGCUGCAGAGGCGGCGGGCGAGCCGGAGGUGGCACCAUCGCCGGCGCCGCCGCCGGUGUUCAAGACGCUCAGGGAGAAGAAGUCGGCUCAGGCGUCGGCGGAGGGCUGGGCGGCGGAGGUGGCGAGGGCCGAGGAGCUCUACGAGGAGCUGCGCGAGCGCGCGCCCCAGCACUGCCGCCGUGGCGGCAAGUGGGCGCGCGAGAAGUUCGUGAUGGCGGUGCAGGGAGAGUUCCCACGCGCGCGAGGGGCAGGCGUUCCCAAGGGGACGAUCCUGUGCCUCGGCAGGGUGCUCGAAGCGCACGAUGAGCAGGACGACGCGGAGGGUGGGCGCCGGGACUGGGAGGAGGACCCGCUCGGGUUCGACACCAACCCGGGGCUGCUCCGCGCCAUGUGCAUGGCGUUCGAGUGA